AUGUUCCCCAAGCAGCUGGUGUGCGCGGCGGGGCAGGGCCCCUACCCCAAGGAUGAGCUGCGGGCGCUGGCCCGGGAUUUCCUGCACCAGUACUACAGCUCCAUCAAGCGGGGCUGUGGUCCACCCCAGGGCUGCCGGAGCCGCCCGUCGGUGGGCACCGCGCUGACCCGACCCCCCCACAGGUCAGCCAUCACCGUCUUCUCACCGCGUGUGCCGGGCCGCGGGGACUUCCGCAUCUGGAACAGCCAGCUGAUCCGCUACGCGGGCUACCGCCAGCCUGACGGCUCCGUGCGCGGCGACCCCGCCAACGUGGACAUCACCGAGCUCUGCAUCCAGCACGGCUGGGCGCCCGGGGAGCAGGGCCGCUUCGACCUGCUGCCCCUGCUGCUGCAAGCGCCCGACGAGGCCCCCGAACUCUUCCCCCUCCCGCCCGAGCUGGUCCUGGAGGUGCCCAUCCAGCACCCCACGCUGGAGUGGUUCACGGAGCUGGGGCUGCGCUGGUACGCGCUCCCGGCCGUGGCCAACAUGCUGCUGGAGAUCGGGGGGCUGCAGUUCCCGGCUGCCCCCUUCAAUGGCUGGUACGUGAGCACCGAGAUCGGCAUGCGCAACCUCUGCGACAGCCACCGCUACGACGUGCUGCCGGACGUGGCACUGCGCAUGGGGCUGGACACGCGCAAGACGUCGUCGCUGUGGAAGGACAAGGCGGCCGUGGAGGUGAACGUGGCCGUGCUGCACAGCUUCCAGGUGGCCAAGGUGACGAUCGUGGACCACCACGCGGCCACUGAGUCCUUCGUGAAGCACCUGGAGACAGGGGUGCAGGCACGGGGCGCCACCAUCCUCUACGCCACCGAGACCGGCCGGUCCCGCACCUACGCCUGCAGCCUGGGCGAGCUCUUCCGCCGCGCCUUCGACCCCAAGGUGCUGUGCAUGGACGAGUACGACAUAGUGUCACUGGAGCACGAGACGCUGGUGCUGGUGGUGACCAGCACCUUCAGCAACGGCGACCCACCCGAGAGUGGCGAGAGCUUCUCCAAGGCCCUGAUGGAGAUGACCUGCCCCUACGUGGGCAUCCUGCAGCCCGAGCAGCAGAAGAGCUACAAGCUGCGCUUCAACAGCGUCUCGCAGACAGACCCGCUGGUCAGCGCCUGGAAGCAGCGGCGCAAGAAGUCCAGCAACACGGACAGUGCCGGCGCCCUGGGCACGCUGCGGUGGGUGCCCCGCUCCCCCCCGGGCUCCUGGGUCCUCGCCUGGCUCUGGGCCGGAGCAACACGGGCACUUGGGCCUCAGUUUCCCCAUCUGCCUGCAAGCAGCCAUGGGGCCCAGGGCUGGGCGGGGAGUGGGGCAGGGGCCAGGGCCUUUGCUGGGGGAGGGCAGCAGAAGCCUCCCCGCAGGUGGGUGCUGGGGGGCCCCGAUCCAGUGCCUCUAGCCCCCAUGGUAGCCUCACUGCUGGGAGUGGGCCACGAUGCCGAGACAGCUGCUCGGGAGGUCUUCGCCACGCCGCGGGGCUGGAAGCGCCAGAGGCAUCGGUUUGUGGUGCACACGGACGCUGCCGACACACUGCCAGGGCUGGCCCACGUGCACAAGCGCCGCGUGUUCCCGUGCCACGCACUGGCCGUGCAGGAGCUGCAGAGCCCUGAGUCCAGCCGCUCGACCGUGCUAGUGUGCCUGGAUGCAGCGGGGCAACCCGAGCUGCAGCACGAGCCCGGCGACCACGUGGGCAUCUUCCCAGCCAACCGUGCCGACCUGGUGCAGGAGCUGCUGGACCGCGUCGAGGACCCGCCGCCUGCUGACGAUGCCGUGGUGGUCGAGGCGCUGGAGACGCAGCCUGGCGGGCGCGCGGGCCCGGUGAUGCGCUGGGUGCAGCAGAGCCGGCUGCCGCCCUGCACGCUGAGCCAGGCACUCACCUUCUACCUGGACAUCACGGCGCCGCCCAGCCCGCAGCUGCUGCAGCUCCUCGCCAGCCUGGCUGAGGACAGCACCGAGCGUGACCAGCUCCAGCAGCUCAGCCAGGAUGCGCGACGCUACGAGGAGUGGAAGUGGUGGCACUGCCCGACGCUGCCGCAGGUGCUGGCCGAGUUCCCGUCCGUGGCGCUGCCGGCCACGCUCCUGCUCUCGCAGCUGCCCCUGCUGCAGCCGCGCUACUACUCGGUCAGCUCCGCGCUCGCUGCCGCACCUGGCCAGCUGCACCUCACCGUGGCCGUCGUCACCUACUGCACCGAGGAUGGGAGCGGGCCGCUGCACUACGGCGUCUGUUCCACGUGGCUCGCGCAGCUGCAGCCGGGGGACCUGGUGCCAGCCUUCAUCCGCAGGGCCCCAUCCUUCCACCUGCCGCCGGAGCCCAGCGCCCCGUGCAUCCUGGUGGGACCCGGCACCGGCAUUGCCCCGUUCCGCAGCUUCUGGCAGCAGCGGUUGCAUGACCUGGAAACACAAAGGCUGCCGCUGGGUGAGAUGACACUGGUGUUCGGCUGCCGCCACUCACGCCUGGACCACAUCUACAAGGAGGAGGUGCUGGAAGCGCUGCAGCGGGGCGCGCUCACCCGUGUCCUCACUGCCUUCUCCCGGGACCCCGACAUGCCCAAGGUACUGGGGCUGGGCUGCCUGCACUGGAGCCUGGCAGGCGAGGUGCACCGGGUGCUGUGCCAGAGCGGCGGGCACGUGUACGUGUGUGGGGACGUCACCAUGGCGACCGGCGUGCUGCAGACCGUGCAGCAGAUCCUGGCCCAGGAGGCCGGCAUGACGCUGAUCGAGGCCGGAGACAUGAUCAGCGAGCUGCGGGACCAGAACCGCUACCACGAGGACAUCUUUGGGCUGACGUUCCGCACGCAGGAGGUGGCCUCGCGCAUCCGCAGCCAGUCCUUCUCCGCACGGGAGCACGAGUCCCUGGGCUUCAAUGUCUGAGCCGCCACGGACCAGAGCCAGCCCCCUGCCCCAAUAAAGCCUCUAGUUUCCAUAACUGUCACAAAA